CCUCUCCGACUUCCCAAGACAACGAUGAACUCCCUCCUCCGCACGAUGCUCGCGACGAUGGUCUUGAGCGCCAUGACGACUGCUUCGGUCGAUGUUCAAGAUGGGUACGGCCAAGAAGCCAGCGAAUACAGCCCCCAGACGAGCUACAACGGUGGUGGCGGCAACAAGUACGGCUUGCGUGGCGGGUAUGGCCAGGGUUACGGCCAGGGCUACGGCGCGUCCAACUAUGGCGGCGGUGGUUUGGGCGGCCGCGGCUAUGGCGGCGCUGCCAGCUAUGGUGCAGGCUAUGGCAUCGGCAACACGUACGGCGGCGGCAAGGGCGGUGCCAGCUACGGCCAGCGCUACAACCGCGGCUACGGUGUCGGCAACACGAACGGCGGUGGCAACACGUACGGUGAAGGACAAGGGUACGAUGGCGGCAACACGUACGGUGAAGGCCAGGGUUACGGCGCUGGAGCCAGCUAUGGCGGGCUCGGUUCGAACCAGUACUUCCGCUAG